AUGACAGUCUCUAAUACCUCCGCCGACGGCGCACCCGGCGUCGUCAGGAACCGGAACCGCCGCCCGUCCGCCGCUGCCGCCGCCGCCGAAGGCCUCCUGUCCUCGGUGGAAUCGACGGUCGCCGGCCUCGAGAAGAAGGUCGAGGAGGCCCUCCUCGUCCUGUGGGACGACCUCCCCGCCUGGCGCCGCGACAACGCCUUCAUCCUGACGGGCUACCGGCCGGACUCCAACUCGUACCUCGGCUCCCUCCGGUCCCUGGGCUACCUGCACAACGAGUCCGUCAACAUCUGGUCCCACCUCCUCGGCGCCGUCGCCUUCCUCGUCGCCGGCGCCGUCCUGCACGGCGUCGUCGCCCCGCGCUACGGCACCGCCGCGCCCGCCGACGUGCUCGUCUUCGCCUGCUUCUUCGCCGGCGCCGUCGCCUGCCUCGGCAUGAGCGCCACCUACCACGCCAUCUCCAACCACUCCCCCGAGGUCGCCAAGUGGGGCAACAAGCUCGACUACUCGGGCAUCGUCUUCCUCAUCGUCGGGAGCUACGUGCCCGCCUUGUACUACGGCUUCUACUGCCACCCCGGGCUGAUGAAGUUUUACCUGUCGACGAUCAACCUCCUCGGCCUCGGCUGCGGCGCCGUGUCCUGGAUCGAGUUCUUCCGCGCGCCCGAGUGGCGCACGUUCCGGGCCUGCAUGUUCGUCGCCCUCGGCACCUCGGGCGUCGUCCCCGUCCUCCACGGCGCCGUCAUCUACGGCCGCGCCGAGAUGGAGGCCCGCAUGAGCCUCAGCUGGGUCGUCCUGCACGGCGCCAUGUACAUCUUUGGCGCCUUCCUCUACGCCUUCCGCUGGCCCGAGCGCUCGUCCCCCGGCACCUUUGACAUCUGGGGCAGCUCCCACCAGCUCUUCCACUUCUUCGUCGUCGCCGCCGCCGCCACCCACCUGUAUGGCAUGGCCAAGGCCUUUGACUACAACCACAGCGUCAGGGGCUCGCUGUGCCCAUGA